AUGAAGUCCGGCGGAGGACUGAUGGCACCCCCCGGGUGUUUUCCAGGCCGGUACAGCCCCACGUACCGCAGCAGCGACCCGCGGCGCUGCGUACCGAACCCCUCCAGCCGAAUACUGGAGGAUGCAUCAUUGAUGUGCAACUCGUGGUCACCAAGGCACAACGGUGAUAUCUUCGGCGGGCUAAACGACGGCUUGCUGAGUAGGGCUGAGGCACUUGCGGCGGUGGACAUAGGCAAACACCAGUCAGGCCCUCAGCCCGGACCACCGCUGCCGCAACUCAAGCAUGACAUGGUGUACCACCACGGGGUCGGCGGACCACCUCCUCACAACACCAGGCCGCAUCAGCCAUUUUUUCCGCAGAUGGGCCAUCACGGCAUGGAAGGGCUCGACAUGCUUGAUCCGCUGACGUCGUCAUCGAUGACUACAUUAGCACCCAUGGGCGAAGCGGCACCACCUCACCACCAGCUACACGGCUACGGCGCAAUGAACCACGUCAUGAACCACCACCACCACGCCGGCGGCCUCACUCAUGCCCCACCGGCCCAUCUAGGGCACCCCUCUGCUGCACUGCACCCUGAUACAGACACAGACCCACGUGAAUUAGAAGCUUUUGCCGAGCGAUUUAAACAACGACGGAUAAAACUCGGUGUAACUCAGGCGGAUGUCGGAAAAGCCUUGGCGAAUCUAAAAUUACCGGGAGUGGGAGCCCUCUCACAAAGUACAAUCUGCAGGUUUGAAAGUUUAACCUUGAGUCAUAAUAAUAUGAUAGCAUUAAAACCUAUUUUACAAGCUUGGUUAGAAGAAGCGGAAGCACAGGCAAAAAACAAAAGGCGAGAUCCGGACGCACCGAGUGUGUUACCAGCAGGCGAAAAGAAACGAAAGAGAACAUCUAUAGCGGCGCCGGAAAAAAGAAGUCUCGAAGCAUAUUUUGCAGUUCAGCCCCGACCAUCUGGGGAAAAAAUAGCAGCGAUUGCGGAAAAAUUAGACCUAAAAAAGAACGUCGUUCGAGUUUGGUUUUGCAACCAGAGGCAGAAACAAAAACGUAUGAAGUUUGCAGCACAACACUGA